UGCAGCUGCUUGAGUUGAUUCACUCUGAGACAACGCAGCGUUAACAAGUGUAGUUUUUAACUUCGUAAUUGAGAGAAUUCUACAUAUAAACACUUGCAUUGUUGGAUAAAUAAAUGCACAAGGACGAUUUAACAUUCACUCACUGAAACAUCUGGACAUCUUUUUUUCACAUCUGCACAACUUUAUUCUAGGAGUCAUAACGCAGCCAUAAUGCCGCCGGUGCUACCGAUGUUUCAAGGAAACUACGACUACGACUACGACACGGUGCAGCCCUACUUCCUGGACGGUGAGGAGGAAGAAGUGGAGGACUUUUACGGAGAGGACAUAUGGAAGAAGUUUGAGUUACUUCCUACUCCUCCACUGUCUCCCAGAAGGAGACCCUCGCUGUCCGACGCCUCUCUGAACGCCGCGGAUCACCUGGAGGCCGUCACUGAACUUCUGGAUGACGACCGAGACACUUUCCUGCAGUCUUUCAUCAUCCAGGACUGCAUGUGGAGCAGCAGCUUCUCCGCCGCUAACAAGCUGGAGCAGGCGGUGUCCGCGAGGCUCGUGGCGCUCAGGAAUCGCCGCGAAUCCUCUACUACGACCAGCAAGGAGUCUAACAGCAGGGGGUCUGACAGCAGGGGCUCUGACAGCAGGGGGUCUGACUCUAACAUCAGGGGGUCUGACUCUAACAUCAAGGAGUCUGACAUUAGAGGGUCUGACAGCAGGGAGUCUAAUAACUGCAUCGAUCCCUCCGAGGUGUUUCCCUUCAAACCGCUGACAGAGAAGGAGGCGCCAUCAGAACCGUGUCUGGAGACCCCGCCUCUCAGCAGCAGCGACAGCGAAUCAGAAGAAGAAGAAGAGGAAGAGGAGGAGGAAGAGGAGGAGGAGGAAGAGGAGGAGGAAGAGGAGGAAGAGAUCGACGUGGUGACGGUGGAGAGGCGAAAAACGUCACAGCGGUCGAACCCCUUGAUCCUGAAACGCUGUAACGUCGACAUCCAGCAGCACAACUACGCCGCCCCGCAACCCCCCCGACAUCCUGUCUCUAAACUGGUCGAAGCCGGCGAGGAUCUUCACGCCCGGCGACGGACUCACAACGUCCUGGAGAGGAAUCGCCGUAGCGAUCUGAAGAGAAGCUUCUCGGCUCUGAGGGAAGAGACGCCGGCCGUCGCCAACAACGAGAAGGCAGCGAAGGUUUUGAUCCUGAAAACCGCGACGGAGUUCAUCUGUGAGCUGAGGGAGGAGGAGGGGAGGUUAAUGAGAGAGGAGGAGGCGCAGAGGAGGAGGAACAGGAAGCUGAGACACACACUGCAGACACUCAGGACUUCACAGUGACCGAAAACUGGACAUUUUAUACUUAACACGUUAGCAUUUUGCAGCUAAGGGGUGCCUUCAUUAUGGAUUCAUCACACACACACACACACACAUUCCAUUUGUGUGUGUAAUAAAAUGGAAAGUUAUAUAUCUGUUAUCUUAAACCUCAUUCUGACUCAUUGUGUGUGUGUGUGUUUGCUUUGCUACCUUUGUGAGGACCAUUACAUUGUUGGGAUAUUUAGUUUGGUCCCCACUUGAGUAGUAAGACGAAUUUUAGGAGGAAAAUAUUAGAUACUGGGUGAAGGCCUUCUAUCAGCACUGUGUGUGUGUGUGUGUGUGUGUGUGUGUGUGUGUGUGUGUGUGUGUGUGUGUGUGUGUGUGUGUGUGUGUGUGUGUGUGUGUGUGUGUGUGUGUGUGUGUGUGAUAUGUUUCCCGGGAGUCACUAACUUCCAAAGUGUGUGUGUUAUUUGAUAACCUUAUGUCCUCAUCAGUGUUUUUUAUUGAAAAGCACGUGACGCAGGUGCUCCCAGCUGAUCAUGAAUAUAUAUAUUAGUUAUAUAAUAUGUGUCUGUUUAUUUAAUGAAUAACUGUCCCUGAAGCGUGUUGUUGUUGUUGUGUUUUGUAUUCACCAUUCGUUUAAAAACUGUUUAUAUUUUUAUAUGUGUGUUCAGCACGAGAGGAAGUGCAUUAAAGCCCUUUCAAAAUGGAGGUCCUGUUUCAGUAA